AUGGUGGGCACCAAGAACACCACGUAUGCCGAGGAGAGCGCUGAGGUCGAGGUGCUCUACGCCAAUCUCGACAAACUCAAGAUAUUAACGAAAAAGAUUCAAGGGUCUCUCGAUCGGCUAGAAACCAGCGGAAAAGUGGUCAAAGAUGCAAUCGGUCCGAUUUACAGCAAUACACAGACGCUGCAAAUCACCAACAGCAACAUCGACCGCGUGAUCGAAGCAAUCGACAAGCUCCGCAAGCCACUAGAUGCAAAAGGCAAAGAGGAGGGAAUAAUACGGGCUGGUCCCCAAAGUGCAGGUUUAUCACAGUACCUUGCUGCCUUAAAACGAAUCGAUUACGCUCUACAGAAUCUAAACUCCACCAAUCUAAAGUCAAAUCAGCAAGCUAUUACAGAAUUUACAUCACUGCUCAGCUUUGGCAGCCAGAAAUUACAGGAUCUAUUUCGGUCAAUGCUCAAGCAAAACAUCGAAACAAUCGAGCCAUUACACUAUCUUACGAAGCAGCUACCCUUUCCUUCGAUACCCGAAGAAACCAUUGCCGAACUCGCGCCAAUUGCGAAUGCCAUUACCUCCGCCGCUGCUCAAUUACCACAACGCGGUCCAGAAGAUCCCGCUGUAGCUAUCUACGCCGAAACACGCGGGCCAUACAUCACAUCCAGCUUGCAGAAUCUUGCAAUGGCGUCGAUCAGCACAGCGAAACGCCGCGCUGGGGAUGGACCGUAUAAGCAAGGCACAAAUGGAAUUGGAGUUUAUUCAAGUGCACUAGAGGGUUUUAUUGUAGUCGAGCACGACGCCAUCGUGCAGAUAUAUACAGGUGAAAACCAAGGACGAGCAUUACAGGCUACGUGUCGGUCAGCCUUGGCCGAAUUCUCAAAAACACUGCGAGAGCUCAAUCAGUAUAUCAAGGCCAAUCUGAUGACGGACUGCUUCCUUGCGUUUGAGAUUAUCGAGAUUGUGACUGCAAUGUCAUAUAGAAUUGACGCCAAAACCGGCGAACUCAAGAGUUUGUUCAUCGAAGCUCUACGGCCGAUCCGCGAAACAGCAAAAUCGUCAUUAUCAGAGCUUCUGGAAGAAACUAGAAAGAAGGCAGCCGCAUAUACAGUUCUACCACCGGAUGGCGGGACCGUUCCGUUGGUGAAUGAGGUGAUGAGUUCUUUGACAACAUUGACGGGCUAUUCUGGACCUUUGGCUUCUAUUCUUACGUCCUUGGGCGACGGGAAUUGGCGAAAUAAGUCUCAAUCUGCCAGCACGACUCCAUUGGAUGUCAGCCCAGACAGCCAGACAUUAUUUUCACACUUUAUUCUUGACAUGGUUGAGGCACUUAUGAACUCCUUGGAAGCUCGUGGCCGGGCGACUUACCGUUCAAAAGCAGUUUUGGGAGUGUUUAUUUCGAAUACCUUUUGUGUUGUCGACCGAUCUAUACGCUCUAGUUCAGACCUUUCGAGAUAUCUCGCAAGUCCUGACAGCAUUGCCCGGAUUGACGCUUUCCGCAAACGCGGUACAUCGGCGUAUCUCGAAGCCUGGCGCGAGACGAACCAAUAUCUCCUCGAUGUGCAGUAUACUUCUCGAGGAGGGCCUCGGCCGUCAUCUACCCAACAGACAGACUCUGCGCAAGUCGUCAAGUCUCUGUCUUCCAAAGACAAAGACGCAAUCAAGGAGAAGUUCAAGUCAUUCAAUGCCACUUUUGACAGCUUGGUUACCCAACACCGACAGCUUCAUAUGGAGCGUGAAGUACGCGGAGCGCUUGGGCGCGAGGUGCAGGGAGUAUUGGAGCCGCUGUAUGGACGUUUCCAUGACCGGUACCAUGAGAUUGACAAGGGACGAGGGAAAUAUGUGAAAUACGACAAGGCGGCAUUCUCAGCGCAGCUUGCUGCGUUGUGCUAG